UCCAGGGGUGAUUGUCGGCAGAUCCCGACGUUUGGCCGCACGUGAGAGAGAGAGAGAGAGAGAGAGAGAGAGAGAGAGAGAGAGAGAGAGAGAGAGAGAGAGAGAGAGAGAGAGAGAUGGAGCGCGGUGAUGGCGGGAAGCGAUUCGCGGCGUUCAUCCUGGGCUUGGUGUGUCUGGUUGGAGUCGCACGAGUGGAUGCACAGGGUGUGGCGCCGCCUCCCCCUCCUCCUUCUUCCACUCCAGUCGGCACCGACAUUGUGAGUCUGAUUUGCGCGACACCGGGCUUGAGUGCCUUCUGCAAUGCUCUUGCUACGUCUCGCGUAAGUCUGGAGCUGCUUCAGAAUGUGGCCGUGCAGAGAGUGACAGUGUUUGCUGCCAACGAUGCUGCUUUCGGUAAUGUUCGCGCCGAUAUCAAGGCGUGUUUUGACAAGGAGCCGAUCGACGUCUUGUCGCAGGUCGUCGCGUUCCAUAUCGCCACUGGAGGGAAUUACACUGCAGCGGAAUUGGGAGCGGUGUACACGCUCACGACGCUGCACGGCAUGCCGCUGAUGAUGGGCAGGAAUGUGAAUGGCAGCCCGCUAAUUGAGGGGACGGCGAGCAUCGUAAGCCCGGAUGUCAUCCACGCUGUCAAUGCGACGGUGCACGUCAUCGACGAUGUCCUCGUUCCAGAGAACCUGGUAAGAAACAUCUGGGAGGUGUGUUUUGGAGUGCCCGCCUCAUCGAAUACGCCGGUGCCGCCUGCAAGCACCAUCUAGAAAGAUCGUCUUCUCCGUCGAUCUGUCCGUUAACUACCCGCGGUAGUAUCAUUUGAAUCU